GGCUGGGUAAGAUCACGUCUCCGUCUCUUUCUGUAGCUCUCAUUCCAGCACAGGAUCUCAGCAAUUUUGCUCUCUUCCCCCUGCCCAUUCCAGCGUGCAGAGUCCUUUCUUCUCUCUCAUUUACAACUUCUUUUAAAAAGAGAACAUUUUCUAGAGAAAAGAGAUUUGCUAAACAGAAAGGACAUAAAACAAAAGCCACAGCAACCCGACUUCCAGCAUGGCAUUGUCACCAGCCCCCUUUGCAUGGUGAUGCGAUUAAGGUAGCGGCAUUUUUAUCAUUCGGAAAAGCAGCUGGGGAAUCCAUCAGUUCUAAGGCUUUGUCUUUCCUUGGUUAACUGAUGGUCCUGAGCCCCGAUUUGACCUGACCAUGAUGCCUAGGACUGGCACUUUUUGUUUUUCCUCAGCAAACUGUACAAGCCCAAAUCUCUUUUUGAUUUCCAAGGAAACUAGAUUCCUGCCAGAUUUCAAAUCUGGACAAUAAAUAGAUACUUUGUCCUAGCUUCUUUCUGGAAUCUUUUCGGGAAUAUUUUCCACAAGCAUCACAGAAACAGGAAUGAACCGGCAGCUAGUGAACAUUUUGACAGCCUUGUUUGCAUUUUUCUUAGAGACAAACCACUUCAGGACGGCUUUCUGCAAAGACCAUGACUCCAGGUCUGGAAAACAACCUUCACAGACCCUAUCGCCUUCAGAUUUCUUGGACAAAUUAAUGGGAAGGACAUCAGGAUAUGAUGCAAGAAUCAGGCCCAAUUUUAAAGGUCCUCCAGUAAACGUUACUUGCAAUAUUUUUAUCAACAGUUUUGGAUCGGUCACAGAAACUACCAUGGACUACCGAGUGAAUAUUUUUCUGAGACAACAGUGGAAUGAUUCACGGCUGGCAUAUAGCGAGUAUCCUGAUGAUUCCCUGGACUUGGACCCAUCCAUGCUGGACUCCAUUUGGAAACCAGAUUUAUUCUUUGCCAAUGAGAAGGGUGCCAACUUCCAUGAUGUCACCACUGACAACAAAUUGCUUCGAAUUUCAAAAAAUGGCAAAGUACUCUACAGUAUCAGACUCACCUUGACCCUAUCCUGUCCCAUGGACUUGAAGAAUUUUCCAAUGGAUGUCCAGACGUGUACAAUGCAGCUGGAGAGUUUUGGGUACACGAUGAAUGACCUGAUAUUUGAGUGGUUAAGCGAUGGUCCAGUUCAAGUUGCUGAAGGACUGACCCUGCCUCAGUUUAUUUUGAAAGAAGAGAAGGAACUUGGCUACUGCACAAAGCACUACAACACUGGAAAGUUUACCUGCAUCGAGGUUAAAUUUCACCUGGAACGCCAGAUGGGGUAUUAUUUGAUCCAGAUGUACAUCCCCAGUCUGUUGAUAGUCAUUUUGUCCUGGGUCUCCUUUUGGAUAAACAUGGAUGCAGCCCCUGCUAGGGUUGCACUGGGCAUCACCACCGUCUUGACGAUGACCACCCAGAGUUCAGGUUCCAGGGCAUCUCUGCCAAAGGUCUCCUAUGUCAAAGCGAUUGACAUCUGGAUGGCGGUGUGCCUUCUGUUUGUGUUUGCUGCCUUAUUGGAAUAUGCAGCAGUGAACUUUGUCUCCAGGCAACACAAGGAGUUCCUGCGGCUCCGGAGAAGACAGAAGAGGCAGAAUAAGGAAGAAGAUGUUACUCGUGAAAGUCGUUUUAAUUUCAGUGGUUAUGGGAUGGGUCACUGCCUCCAAGUGAAAGAUGGAACAGCUGUCAAGGCCACACCUGCCAACCCGCUCCCACAACCCCCAAAAGAUGCAGAUGCCAUCAAGAAGAAGUUUGUGGACCGGGCAAAAAGGAUUGACACGAUAUCUCGAGCUGCCUUCCCAUUGGCCUUCCUCAUUUUCAACAUCUUUUACUGGAUCACAUACAAGAUCAUUCGGCAUGAAGAUGUCCACAAGAAAUAGAUGUGCCCUUCGGACCCUGGACUUUCUUGCCUAAUUGUUGUGCUUGUAAAUACACAGUGAAAUUGUCUUUCUAUCACUUUGACAGAGGAGAUGACUAAGGGAGGGGGGAGGGAAGAUCAUGAGGGCAGGUUUCCUGGCACGUACAUGAAUAAAGAUAAGUUAUCUGGGCAAUGACGGAAAAUGUUUGCACAAAAUUAAGGUGUUGCAGAAUCACGUGAGCAUAAUUCCCUUCAUAGUCUUUAGCGUUGUUAUUUCAGGUGAUGUAUUAAUUAGACAGGAUAUGCAAGGUCAAGUGCUUGAGAGCUAUUUGGUUUGGUUUUGACUAAUUCUGGUACUGAAAAGUUAGCUUAAAACACACACACACACACACACACACACACACACACACACACACA